AUGGCUGAAUCUGACACAACAACCGUAGAUGUUAGAUAUCGAUAUGUUCUAAAACGUAAUAGUGCCGAAGUGAAGGUAAGUCUGGAUCCCAAGGAUUGGAGACAACAGGACUACUACCGCGUCAACGACUCCGAAGAAACCAUACGCUCUGCUUACCGGCAAAAGGUCCUGCAUCACCACCCGGAUAAACGCAAGGCCAAAGGCCCGGAAAUCAAAGCGAACGACGACUACUUCACGUGCAUUACGAUGGCGUACGAAACCCUGGGCGACCCAAAGAGGGGGAAAUCGUACGACUCCGUCGAUCCAGAGUUCGACGACGGCCUACCGAGCAGCCACGAAAUAAAAAAAGAUUUUUAUGGAACGUGCGCGUAUUACUCCGAGCUCAACGGUAGAUGGUCGGAGAAAAAAAAACGUGCCCAAAAUCGGUGGUCCCCGAUCAACCAUCGAAGAAGUCGGGAAUUUCUAUAA